GUGAUGUAGGUUUUGGAUGGAGUACCCGGCUGUGUAACCCGAUAGGGGGCAGAGAGAGAGAGAGAGAGAGAGAGAGAGAGAGAGAAAGGGGGGGGGUGAGGGAAUGUUGGACUGCAAUGGAGCAGAAUGCCAUACAGUGGUUAGGCCCCCCGUGCUGCCUGCGAGGCUCCUUCGCCUUCUACAAGUCGGUGAGCUGCAAGCCCGAGGCUGGCGGCCCCGUUAAGGUCUGGAGACUGGGGGAGUUCUAUUAUAUGCGCUGUGGCCCUCAGGAGCCCGUGUGUAUCGCUGAGAUCACUCUGCUGUGGGAGGAUCAGAGACAGCGUCACCCUCUGGCCAGCUCCAGACUCUAUUACCUACCAGAGGACACGCCCAAGGGCAGAACUAAGGAACAUGGAGAGGAUGAAGUCAUUGGUGUCUCUAAGAAGGUUGUGGUGCGAGUGGAGCAUCUGGUGAAAUGGACCUGUCCGGAGCCACCUCAGUGGAAACAGAACACCCCAAAGAUCAGUGACCUCCAUGUACUUAAUGGUUCUCCCUGUAUAACAGAUCCACAGGAAGUGAAAAGCAAGGAUGAUGUUUCAGGAGUUCAGCACAGGGUGAAGGUGCUCAGUUACCCGCAGUACUGCCGCUUUCGCUCCCUGCAGAAACGGAUCCAGAACCAUGAUGGCUGGGCCAGUCCGCAAGACCCUCAUCUGCUGGCUUUGGGCUGGAUAAAAAUGACCCUACACAACACCCGAAUCCUGUACUGCAGAGACACUUUCAGCCAUCCUAGUCUAGGCACCAACCCAAGUUUAACGCCCGAGUUUGGAUGCCUCUCUGUAAGCCUGAAGGGACGACCGCGGAAAAGACGGGGCAGAGACGGUGACGGAACUGAUCAGCAAAGCCUCAACCCUUCUGAGUCAUGGGGAGAGAGAACGAAGGAAAAUGUCAUGAGCAACGUGGAGACGAUGGAGGGAAACUGGCUUCCUCAUCCUGAGGAGAAGAUCUUUCUGGAUCAGCUGUAUCUCUUCAUGGAGCGUAGAGGAUCCCCCAUCUGCAAGGUUCCCAACCUGGGCUUCAAAAAGAUUGAUCUCUUCCUAAUGUACUCGGUUGUCAGCAAGCUGGGUGGAUAUGAAGCGGUGACAUCUCGGCGUUUGUGGAAAGUGGUUUACAAUGAGCUAGGGGGAAGUCCAGGCAGUACCAGUGCUGCUACCUGUACCAGAAGACAUUAUGAAAAGUUGAUGCUGCCAUACGAGCAGCACAUAAAGGGCGGAAAUCAACAGCUGAGCAAACCCAAAGCUCCAGCAGCUUCGGCUGUGUCUAUCAGAAAGCCUGUGCGUGGGAGAGUCCAGAGCGCUCCAAGGAAGAACAGCGUGACUAGUCAGGCGGCGCCACCAGAUGCUGUCGGGGUGCGAAAAAGAGGGCGACCUCCCGGGAAACGGACCGUUAAAGUUUUGGCUCGGGGCAGAGUUGGUAGACCCCCAUCGCAUACUAAAACUUCAAGUGAGAAGGUAGUGAGUAAAGUUGCCCAGCCGAUCAAGGUCGUCCAGGAACUAGGGAUUUCUCCAGCACCCACAGCCACCACACACACACCCCAGCAGCAUAAAGCUGAGGAAGAUAUGAAGAUGAAGCAGGAGAGUGAACCUUCAACUCCUUGCUUAUUGUCUGGACAAUCUAAGCUGCAGAUUGGAGGCUCUCUGGAAGGGUUCAGCCCAACUAAGGGGAUGUGUCCUCUGGACUUCUUCAGAGCUCGUCUGGGCCUCAGUGGCGUGACUGGUCCAGAGAGAACUCAGGAGGCCUCGAUCACAAGCCAGACCAAAGCCAGGAGUCCAGAAACACCGGAGAAUUUGCAGCACCAGUGUUCUGGGUGCAACUCGGUGCAUCCUUCUUGGACUGGAGGCCCAAGAGAGGGCCUGACUGCCAGACCUCAGCUGCCUCCGCUGAAGAUCCUCCCAUUGGACAUUGAUUGUAGUCUUCAGUUGCACCAGUUGAUGCACACCCGCCUCGGCACGGCACACAUGAACACGUUCACCAAGCGUCUCUCGGAAGCAUUGGCUCAGGAUCUUAGCAAGACCAACGGCCAUGCCGUGGCCGUUUCUCAGGAGCAGGCUGUGCCUCUCAACCUGAGCAAGAAGCCCACAACCAAGAGGUCUUCAGAUGACGUGGAUUCCCAGUGGCAAAGAGACUCCGAGGCCAAGCGGCUGAAGAUGGAACCCGUAGACCUUCGUCUGACUCUUAAGCAGAAUGGAGGUUCCUCAGGACAGACAUUGGUCCAGGAUGAGCCAGCUGAUCUGAGUUGUCCACGCAGGGCCCGGGCUUUUCAGGACAGGACUAGCUUAGUCUUGACUGGAUCUCAGGAUUCACAUUUAUCUCCAAAAUCUGACCUUAAUCCUUCCACAGACUCCGUUUUCCCUUUGAGUGUUGUCUCGUCAUCAGGCACUGCUCUGAAAUGGCAGGAAAACGAUUUGAACCCCGUGGAUCUGAAGUUAGGCGAGACCCCUGAGAGAAUUGUGGUCAAUCAGAACACAGAGUCUUGCCCUAAAGGUGAGCAGUUCUCCCAGCAUAUUCCUUACGAGGAUUCCAACACAAGGGAUUAUAAAGUUUCCUCUCUUAAAGAGUUUCCCAGUUUUUCCAAGCCAUCACAAAGCUGUUGACCUGCAGGCAUGAAAGCACGUCUGCCUAAAAAAUGUCUAUUGCUCACUCCUCUCUGUACGUACACUCACCAGACAGUUUAAUAGCAGCACUGUUCCUCUGCUCAUUUAUACAGUUAUCCAAUCAGCCAAUCAUGUGGCAGCAGAGCUUCAGUAAAUGUUCAAAUCAAACAUCACCAAAAUGUUCAGCUGUCCAGUUUGGGCGAGUCAGUGCCCACUGUAGCCUGAGAUUCCUGUUCUCGGCUGACAGGAGUGGAAACCGAUGUGGUCUUCUGCUGCUGUAGCUCAUCCACCUCAAGGUACAGUGUGUUGAGAUGCUUUUCUGCUCACCAUGUUUGUAUAGAGUGGUUAUUUGAGUUUCCGUAGCUGUCCUGUCAGCUCAAACCAGUCUGGCUGUUCUCCUCUAACUUCUCUCAUCGAAGUGAGAUCACUUUUAUUUUCUCUAUUCAGAUGUGUGAUGUGAACAUUACCUGAAGCUCUUGACCUGCAUCUGCGUGAUUUUAUGCAUUGCACUGCUGCUACCUGAUUGGCUGAUUGUCUAAUCGGCAUUAAUGGGCAGGGAUACGGGUGUUCCUAUUAAAGUGACCAGUUGGACAGUCCUGCUUCUUUGCAGAGUGUCUAAAACACUACUACUGUACUCCUUAUAUCUGUGGUUUUUAACAAAAGACCAAUUGUCUUAUGCAGUCAGAGGACUUUUAUCUAUUUUAGCAUACGUUAUUGCAGAACUUGUGCAUUGGCCUUGAGUGGCCCAGCCAACGAAGGUCAUUUAAACAUGACUUAGGGAACGUUUUGAUUUUGUUCUCUACAUGUACGGUGCUGUUAUUUUUACAAUACAGGAAUUCUGAAUCAUAUAUUUUAAGAUAACUUGCAAAUGUCACAUUGCAAGUCAGAAAUAUGCGUUAACUUAAAAACCCAGUUCCACAGGAACUGGACGGCUACUGUAGUGUGUCUUUUUUUUUUUUUUUUUUUUUUUUUCUUUUUUCAUUUUACAGUCAUAAAUAUGCUAUUUUAGGCUUUGUUAUUGCUUUAUAUAUUGUAAGCCGUCUUUUUUUCCAUUUUUGUUUUAUUUCUUGAGGUGCCCUUGAUUUUAUGAUUCAAUCUUUUUAUACAUUCUCAUUUUCCUCUGUUAACCGAAAGCUAACAACGCUGUAAACCUUCUUUUGUUCUGCAUUUGCAGAGUGUUAUGUUUGGUGGUUGUUAAUAUUAAACUUGUGCAAUUAGUAGUUUUUAGUUUUUAAGGGUCCAGCAAGAGCUUAAAUUGUUUUUAAGGGCAUUGAUUUAUAUAAAAUAUAUUGUUAAAUGCUUUAAUGUAGACGAAUAAGGAGUUGUUCGUGGUCAGCAAGGGCUCGUUUUUGUUCAUAUACUCUUCCUGAAUGCGCAAAAUUCCUGAACAUGUUUACAGAGCAGACGAUAUGGAGACAUUGGCAGCGCUUCAUAAACAGGUGUGUAUUUCUGACCAUGCAACAAUUUGAUAUGUGAUAUGAAAUGUCAAGGUUCAAUUGGAUUUUAGAAAAAAUAUUAUUAGAAAAGAACAGUAUGAAUUGUUAUAUACUUUGCAGAUUGGAAAAUGCCAGGAUCAGUUUAUUUUAAUAAUAAAAAAAAAAUGCAUACUAUAUUGACUAACUUAUUAUUCCAAAAUCCAUGCAGUUGAAUCUCCAUUUUCAGCUCGGUGCUUUUUUUUUUUUUUUUUUUAAGUCCGUAUGUUCCUCAUGUUUCUACGUUUCUUUCUGUUUUUUGUCAUCACUGGUUUACAGCAUUUAACUGAGCAGAAUAAAUGACACAUUGGUGCUUUAAUUCAGCAGCACUGUGUAUUACAUGUGGCAUUAAUCCAUUAGUACAUUUAAUCUCACAGUUUUCAACAUUUUUGAUUGUCGAUUUUAUUUCAGUGAAAUUGCUCUUAAUUUCAGUUCCAAGGCUGAUUGAAAGCUAACUUUGGUCUUCACGACAUGAUGUCUGCUGGAUUUAGCUACUUUCAGACCCAUGCUGAUGAAUGUGGAUCAUCCAGUCUUGUUUGAUUUGUUGUCACCUCAAACAUAAAAAUCUAAAUUCCUGCCACUCAAUACUGUGGACUGUCUGAUGGGAACACUCCUUACUUGUAUAUUUCUUUUUUUUUUUUUUUUUUAAUUCCUUAUCUUUUACAAGACAUAUUUAAAGGAACCAGAGUUGAUGACAGAAUACCAUUAGAACACUGAAUAUUUAUAAUAAAAAUGUUACUCUCACUUUA